AUGGAUAUGAGUGGUAUGGACAUGGGUGGUGCAUCUAGCGCACCUCUCUCCCCGGAUGGCGUGGAUUUCUCGAACACGACACAGGCCGCCGAGUUUCUCGAUCAACUUUUGGAUGACGACGAGCUGAAAGUCAUCGGGAACAACUACGCGAAGUACUUCUGGUAUGGUGUGGUUGCGGCCGUGGGGGUUGCGGCCGUUUUCAAUCUCCUAAGAUGGUGGGUUCUGCAGAUGCGACUGAGGGAGGCGGCGCGGAAGGUGGAAUCUCCUGCGAAGCCGAAAGGCCUUGCGGCGAGAUGGUUUGCUACGAUCACUGCGAUGGGGAGGGAGAUGAGUUAUGCUCAGUGGUCUCCGGCUACGCGUUUUCCCUUUUUCAGGAUACCGCCGGUGGGGACGAUUGCGCUGCUUCUGGCGUAUCUGGCGUUUGUACUCGCUCUGGAGUUCGUGGAUAACCACGUCGCAGGAGCGCAGUACUGGCAAGCUCUGGGUGUUCGUGCUGGAUGGUUGGCAGUUGCUCAAGUUCCGCUGUUGGUUCUCCUCAUCAACAAGAACAACAUCAUCGGCCUCUUGACGGGUGUUUCGUAUGAGCGACUGAACGUCAUCCAUCGAUGGUCGGCGCGGAUCAUGCUCCUCUUGGCUAUCUUCCACUUUGCUUUCCAGAGUACAGGAUGGCAGAAGUACGGUGUGAUGAGGCUGGAAUGGGAGACGGAUGACUGUCCGCCGACUGGAAUCGCCGCGUUUGCCCUACUGCUCUGGAUGAACUUGACGACCAUCGCGCCGAUACGCAGUUUCAGCUACGAGUUCUUUGUGGUCCAGCAUGUCCUGACGUUCUUUGGCUUCAUCAUUGCCAUUGUGCUGCACCUGCCAAGCACAGCAUUGACUAGUCGAGUCUACAUCUACAUCCCAAUUGGGCUUUACCUGGCAGAUCGGAUCAUUCGAACUGUGUUUUUGGCAUGGCACAACCUCCGAGUCAGUCGUGCUACUUUGACACAACUAGAAGGCGACGUCACCAAGGCCAGAAUAUCGAACAAGGCCAUCAAGUCCUGGCGUCCUGGAGCGCAUGUCUUGAUCUCCAUACCACGCUUCGGUUUCUUGCAGAGCCAUCCUGCCACGAUCCUAUCUACACCACGAUCUCACGCUGGUGAUUUGGUGUUUAUUCUGAAGAGCCACCAAGGCUUCACCAAGCGCAUCAUGGAGGGAGCUAGCAGCUCUACUACCGCAUUGGUCUCUGAAAAGAAUGACGAAGUCGAGAAGAACACCCAGGUCAGCACGCAUCUGGCUUUCUUGGAUGGCCCUUACGGCGCGGGACAUUCCGAUUUUGCUGCUUUCGAUUCGGUCUGCUUGAUUGCUGGUUCGACGGGCGUCACUUUCACGACUUCGAUCCUCGAGGACAUUGCAGAUCGGUCGGUGCGGAGCGACAGGACAUUGCCCGUACGUCGCAUACACUUUGUAUGGUGCGUUAAAGACACGAAUUGGACUUCGUGGAUCGGCGAGGAGCUGGCGACCAUCUCGAAACAAAUGGAGCAUUCGGGCAUUCAGCUGCAAAUCAGCAUCUACGUCACUUGUGCUGAGAAGUUCACCAAUCCUGGCUCCGCCAUGCUUAAGGAGUGUGGCUGCCAAUGCGAACAAGUAGAAGGCCAACCUUGCUGCUGCGUUCGUGUUGAUGCUGAUGAUGAUGAUGAUGAUGAUGACGAAGAAGAAAUUCAGCCCACUUCAGCAGGCAAACAGCCCCUCUCCACCACAGCAGUCUCAGUCCCAUCAUCCCUGAACUCGGACAUCAUGGCUGGUCGACGCCUGCCGAUUCUCCCUUGUGCCAUUUUCUACUCUGGCAGACCUCGAAUCCGCGAGGUGGUCAGCAGCUUACUCGACAACGCGGAAGGAGAGUCCGCGGUUGGUGUCUGCGGUCCGCUUGGUUUGACUUCGGAGGUCAGAAAUGUGGUGGUCGGGCUGAGUGAUGAGAGGGCUAUACAUAAGGGCACCGGUGCACAGGGGUGCUAUCUCCAUGUUGAGGGGCCGAAUUGA